AUGCUGACCACUCGAGAAUUAAGUGCUGUUAGUGUUGGUGGAGGAAUUCUAAAUAAUUAUCCGACUGUGUUCUCUGAAGACUUAAACUUCAUAAAGGUUUAUAAUGUAAAAACAGGAGAAGUUGUUAAAAUCUUAUCUGAUCCAUUAGAUCCAAAUAGUCACAAAGAUGAAAUAACUUGUAUUAUGCUAGUUCCUAAUACUAAGGAUGAAAUAUAUUCAGCAUCUUUAGAUGGAACUAUAAGGCAUUGGAAUUAUGAAAAUAAACAGUUAAUAAAGGAAUAUGAAUUAGAUGUUCCCAUAUAUCGCAUGGUAUAUUUUCAAUCUCGCCCUAAUAAUUUCUUUGUAACAUCCAUAAAAGAUUAUCACACAUCAUUAUUACAUUUUUGGUUUAAUGGUGAAGAAAAAGAUUCAAAAAUACUGUUUCAUUCAAAAUAUGCUUGCACUGGUUUAUCCAAAAGUUAUGGUAGAGCAACUGAGAAAUACUUUAUUGCAUCUUUUCAUAAAUUAUUUGUAGUGGUCUGUUUAGAUAAGAUUGAUGACCCAGAUUUACAUUUGCAAAAGUAUAAACAUCCAAAAGAAAUAUCUUGUUUAGCAAUAGAUCCUUAUAAGAAUUCUGUUGCAAUUGGAGAUGUGACUGGAAGGAUAACACUUUAUAAUGUAUUAUCAACUACACUAGUUGAAAAUCCCUUUAUAGGUGUAUUGCACUGGCAUUCUCACAAAGUUAAUUACUUGGAAUUUUCAUAUGAUGGAAUAUAUUUGUUUUCUGUUGGUGAGGAGGGAGUGAUAGUAAAAUGGCAUACAACUACAUUUAUCAAAAAUUUUGUUCCUCGUGUUGGUACAGAAAUCAAAAGUAUAACCAUAAGUUAUGAUCAAAGUUUAUAUGGAAUCACAUUUAUUGAUAACUCAAUCAAAAUUAUUUCUGGGAUUGAUUUACAAUUGGUACAAGUUAUUCAAGGCAUUAGACAUUAUUCAAACAAAAUUCUAAAAAUGUUUGAUUCAAAUACAAAUCUUAUAAGAGAACCACAUAAAAAUUAUUUAGUUUUCAAUAAUAGAUGUGAUGGUACUAUCCAAUUUUAUAAUGUAUACACAGAUCGACAUGUGAUGUUGCAUGAAGCAACGACACAAAUUAAUGUUUCAAGAAAUUUUGAUGAUGAGAUUGUGCGGUAUCAAGUAGACUGGGUGGCAUUUUCCUCAAAAGGCUCAUGGAUGGCUACGAUUGAUUCUCGGAAUGAUGAGAAAACUACCGCAGAGCAAUAUCUUAAAUUUUGGAUAUUUGAUGUAAAUUUACAAAAAUACACUCUACAUACUCGUAUUGAUAAACCACACAAUGGAAAAAUCUUGUCAAUAAGUUUUCGUCCCGAUUUAAAAAAUAGUCAUAUACAUUGUGUGACAACCAGUGAAGAUUCCUAUCUUAAAAUUUGGGAGUUGCAAGAACAAAAAGAUAAUCGCAAAGACGCUAAUUUUUUUUGGAAACUUUAUUUUAGUGAAAAGCGUGGAGAUACAAAACUAGAAAAGGCUGCUUUUUCAAAUGAUGGAUCAAUUUUGGCUGUUUCUUGUGGGCUUUUGAUAACAUUACGCGAUCCAUUUAAAUUCUAUAAAAUAACCAAAUAUAUAUCACCUCUCACUGGAAAUAAGAUCAAAUGCUUUAAUUUUGUCAAUAAUAGUCCUUACUUUGUUGUUAUAACUGCUAACUAUUUACAAGUUUGGAAUAUUAAAACGGUAUCAUUGUUCUGGAGUAAGCCUUUUACUGUUGAGAGACUCGUUGUAGAUUCAGAAAAUCCACAAUUUGCUGUUGUCUAUAUGAAUGAUAAAUUAAAACAUGAAAUUAGAAUAUAUGAUCCGUUAAUUCUUUGUGGGGAUAAUCCAAUUGCCGUGUAUACAUUACAUGAUGAAUUGAUAUAUGACAUUAUUUAUUUCCCUAUUGUUUCACAGAAAGGUAGUUAUCUUGUUUAUUUAAACCAGGACAUGGAGUUAAAGACUAUUGAAGAUUCAAAGAAAUCAUCGAAACAUUUACAAAUUUGA